AUGAGCAGCAAGGUUGACCAGACGUCGGGAGAGGAAGCGAUUAUCGAAGAUGUACUCGCCGCGCACGCUGAACCAUGGCUGUCACUCGCGAAGGAAAGAUUGGCCACAAUGAAUAUACGCCCGGGUUCUGAACCGCGAGUGCCGUAUGACACAAUUGCCGAUUUCGUUGAGAAAGAGGUCCAAGGCGCCCUCCUCGCCAUUGCAAGUCUACGCUCUCACCAGAACCUACUGCAUCCCAUCAAUAAAUUACCCUCGGAAAUCCUCUCCCAUAUUUUCCGCGAACUUUCGCUCAGUCGGCCGUUGCGUAACACGUACGCGCAUUCGGUCUUUUCGAGCUGGGUAGCCGUGACAUACGUCUGUCGUACAUGGAGGUCUGUGGCGCUGGGAUGUGCCGCACUGUGGAAAGAGAUACCCCUUGGAGCCGGACGUCGAUGGGCGCACGCUUUCGUCACUCGUUCCAAAGCCGCACCUAUCUGUUUGGCUAGUCCUGUCGCUCAGAACAUCCAGUCAUCCUGGCUAUAUGAAAUCAUCACCGAGCAGUUUGCCCGUCUCGCGAGCAUUGAACUAUCCGGCCAAAUUGCUGUCUCCAAGUUCUGCGAGCUAUCUGCGGCGUCGGCGCCCCAAUCACUUCGGAAGCUCGUCCUCGAGUUGCCACCGCGAUACGACCUUUACGUCGGGCCCCAGACGUCCAACCUCAACCUGAUGCGUCUCAUCGGAGCGCAGAAUCUGCAGGACGUGUCACUUCAGAACGUACCUUUUGCAUGGGAUACGUUGCCGUGGCCUAGCCUUCGUCGUUUGGUGGUUAGCGGCCCCCCGCGGAGUUCUGCAGUCACCAACUUAGCAGCCUUGAUCGCUGGCUUACGAUCGGCGUCUGUCCUGGAAGAACUUCAGCUCAAGCUAGGAACCGUACCCAUGGACAAUAUCGUCAAGGCCGACUCUACCGUCGUACACCUAUCACGCCUGAGGGUGUUCGCCAUCAAUGCGUACGCCGCCGACUGUCGAGCGUUCUUCGACGCUAUCCGCAUUUCAUCGACGGCUUCUCUGUCCGUUACACUAUUUGAGGAUGCGCGUGGGACCGCGGAACUCUCAGUCGUCAAUCCACUCUUACGCGCGCACAGCGGGUUUGACGACCCAAACCCUCCCGUGAACCUCCAAACCCUGGCCAUAGACGCAGAGAAAGCCGUCGGUCAUGUUCGCUUGCGGGCGUGGACGUCCGAUGUUGAUCCCAUGUAUUAUACGUCCACCCCAACCCCGCCACACAUCGAAGUGAUGCUACGCUCGACGAAAGUCUUCGGCUCGAACGUCUACAAUAUUUGCAAGGAUAUCAAUGUUACAUCGCUGCGCCGGGUUAACGUCGACUUUUCCAAUACAUAUAACGGAGAUUUUAUCUGGAAAAAACCGACAUGGCACAGACUCCUUGCCCCGGCGAAGAAGGUUGAAAUACUCCACUUCCACGGUCCUUGCGCGCUCAACUUGCUCGGAGCGAUUGCCCUACCCGUUACCUCGCCAUCUACGUCUCCCGCUACCACGGAUAAUGCGGAAAAGGGGACCAAGAAGAACUUGUUGAAGACUCCUCCACCCCCCGCCAGCGCGAUGUUGUUUCCGGCAAUGACUGAACUGCGCAUAAUUGGCAGUAACUGUGACACCGAGAACCAUGAUCUGGCCGGGAAGUUGGUUCCUUGUAUCAAGCACCGACUAAGGUCUGCCCCGUUCAAGAAGAUUGUCAUCGAGAGGUGCAGUAUGGGAGACGAUGUCUCUACCAAGCUGGGUAAUCUGGGUCUGGAGGUUGAUUGGGAUGGUAGGACAGGAGAAACGGAUGAGGAGGACGAAAUGUGCGAUUACUGCGACGGCGAAGGUUGUCCGGAGUGUAGGAGCGACUAUGAUGAUGACUAUUACUAA